AAUACUUCCGGUCCCAUGCUGCAGGCUGCGGGUGAAGGAGGCUCAUCUUCUUCUUUGUGCUGAGCUGUUACUGGCUGCUUGGAGCUGUGAGGAGAGAAGGAUGAGCUCGGAACCCGCCAUGGAUGCAGUGACCUAUGAAGAUGUGUAUGUGCACUUCACCCAUGAAGAGUGGGCUUUGCUGGAUCCUUCCCAGAAGAGACUCUACAAAGAUGUGAUGCUUGAAACCUACCAGAACCUCACUGAUAUAGGCUACAAAUGGGAAGACCAGAAUUUUGAAGAACAUUGUCAAAGUUCUAGAAGACAUGGAAGGUAUAUCAUCUGUCACUCUGGACACAAGCCAUGUGAUCCUAAGGGAUAUGGAAAGAAGAAAUGUACCUGUCUUUCUCCCAGAAACAUUAGAAAACAUGUAAUAGUUCCCACUAUGGGAAGACAUGGUAAUCCUGAUACAAGUGUACAGUUAGUUGGAUUUCCAACUUCAUUGGGAAUACAUCAAUAUAAGUGCCAUGGAGAAAAGCCUUAUAAGUGCAAGGAAUAUAAAAAUUCUUCUGUCUGUCCUGGUUCAUGUUGCACAUGUAGUGUGACUCACACUAAAGGAAAAUGUUACGAAUGCAAUCAGUGUUUUAAAGCUCUGAGUUCUUCCAGUUCUAUUCAAAGAUGUUUAAAAAUUCAUAUGGCAAAAGGAUGCCAUAAACAAGAGCCAUGUACUAAAGAUUUUAACCAUCAUAAGAAUCAUCAAACACACAAAAGAACCCAUAAUGAAGAGGCACCCUGUGAAUGUAAACAAUGUGAUAAAACAUUUAGACUUCAUUCUAAUUUACAAUUACCCCAAAAAACUCAUUUGAAAAUAAAACCCUCUGAAUCUAAUAAAGGCGAGAAACCCUUUGAAUGUCACAGUCAUCUUCAAGUACCUAAAACUCAUACUGCAAAGAAACAAUAUGAAUGUCAUCAAUGUGGAAAAAGCUUUAUACGUCCCAGUCAUCUUAAAAUACAUGAAAGAAUUCAUACUGGAGAGAAACCUUAUAAAUGUAAACAAUGUGAUAAAGCCUUUGUAAGUACUGGUGAUCUUCAAAAGCAUGUAAAAAGUCAUACUGGAGAGAAACCUUAUGAAUGUAAGCAAUGUGGUAAAGCCUUUGCACGUAAAAGUCGUCUACACCGUCAUGAAAGAGGUCAUAAUGGAGAGAAACCCUAUGAAUGUCAACAAUGUGGUAAAGCCUUUGCAGAUCCUAGUAAUCUGAAACAACAUAAAAGAAGUCACACUGGAGAGAAACCCUAUGAAUGUCAUCAAUGUGGUAAAGCCUUUGGAGAUCCCAGUAAUCUUAAACAUCAUAAAAAAAGUCAUACUGGAGUGAAACCCUAUGAAUGUAGUCAAUGUGAUAAAGCCUUUGUAAGUAGUGGUGAUCUCCAAAGGCAUGAAAGAAGGCAUACAGGAGAGAAACCCUAUGUAUGUAAUCAGUGUGGUAAAGCCUUUGCAUACCGCAAUAAUCUUCACCAACAUGAAAGAAGUCAUACAGGAGAGAAACCCUAUGAAUGUAAACAAUGUGGAAAAGCCUUUGCAUAUCUUAGUAAUCUUCAACAGCAUAAAAAAAGUCAUACUGGAGAGAAACCCUACGAAUGUCAUCAAUGUGGUAAAGCAUUUGCACAUAAAUAUCAUCUUCACAGUCAUGAAAGAACUCAUACUGGAGAGAAACCCUAUGAAUGUAACCAAUGUGGUAAAGCUUUUGCAUACUCCAGUAAUUGUAAAAAACAUGAAAGAAGUCACACUGGAGAGAAAUCCUAUGAAUGUAAUAAAUGUGGUAAAGCCUUUGCACAUCUCAACAGUCUCCAAAUGCAUGAAAUAGAUCAUACCAGAGAGAAACCCCAUAGAUGUAGUAAAUGUGGCAAAGCUUUUGCAUGUAACAGUCAUCUGAAAAAUCAUGAAAGAAGACAUACUAGAGAAUAAUCCCAUGAAUAAAUGAGGUAAAGCUUUCUAUACUAGGCAAAGACUCUAUCAUUUUGAAGAUCCCAGAACCAUGCACUAUCCAACAAGACCAUCAGCAGUGGUGAAGUGGAACCAGUCAGUGCUUAGAAGAGAAGCUGUAUAUGCUGCAGAGGGCUCAGCCCAAAAAAUGACCCAAGCCCUUUGGAGAAGCCCGGGAGAUUUUUAGUGGAUUUCUGUCAUUGAAUGUGGUAUUAUUCAUAUUGUGGGAGUUUGUUUUCACUUUUUUCAGAUUGUGACUGCCCUGCUUCUUCCUUUUUGAAGGGAGAAGGUAUUUAGUUUAAUUUUGAUUUUUUUUUUUUACAUGAGCAAUAGUUGAAAAGCUUUAAACUUUUAAAAAAGAUUUUGGGUUUUCAAAAAGAAAUUUUAAUGUUUUUAAAUUUGUAGAAAUUAUGUGAUUUUUAAUAAACUAUUUCUCUUUUAAUGUAAGGUCUUGUAAAUGAAUAAGAAAGGAAAGGUUGAGGCUUCGUUGUGAUAUGUUUGUGUAUCAAGUUGACAAGUUUGAUUCCUAGUACCUACAUCAAAUGGCUCAGAACAGCUUAUAAAGCCUGGUUCUGGAGAUCUGAUGUACUCUUCAGGCUUCCUUGCGCACCAGGUAUGGAAGUGGAGCAAAUACAGAUGUAUAUGCAUGCACAUAUGUGUGUUUGUAUGACUCCAUAUAUUUAAAAGAGCUUUCUUAAUGUAUAUGUUAUAAUUUUUUCAAAAAUUAAAAUAAAAUAAGUUUAAUUUUGGUGUAUUGUCAGAACACCAUCUGGGAAAGGAGUCAUUUGAGAAUUCUAAAUGCUUAUGUUAACACUCCAAGCAAACAAGACACAAGUCUUAUGACCUCAUUUUCUUCAAACCAUGGAAUUAUUGUCCUUGGAAUGUGUUUUUGUGCUCCUCCCAGGGGUAGCAGGUAGGUGUGAGUUGACUUCAGAUUACUCAUUAUUGUUUGCUGUUGUGAUCCAGUGAAAUGUUUGAACUGUCCUUUAUAUGCUUGUAUGGAAAAACAUGUUUUUGUCCCAUGUGACUUGUUUUUAAUCAUUGUAUACAGCUUUAACUCAGGAGAACUCUACUCAUAUGACCUUUAUAACCUGCAAAGUAUAAAUUUUCUGGGGCAUGGAAUAAAGUUGGCUAUUGUAUGAGA